AUGGUAUCUCGUCGAUACGUCUCCGAGGACUUGGCAGCAGUCCUCUGGAAGAAAUCCGAAGAGGCUUGCCGUUCACUAAACGACGAAAUUCCUCAAAUGUACAAUGCUGCAGAAGUCAAUAUCUACAUUCAGGAGAUCAACGAGACUUUGGUCCCACUUUCCAUCGAGUUCAAGUCGCGAAUAGACGAAGUCUCAGGCAAACGGAUAUGGGCACUGGUCAACACAGUUGAAGGUGAGAUUGCUAAAGUGGCCACAGAAUACACUCCUGCCGAAAUUGGGCUUUACAAAGCUGUCAUUGAUCAUAUCGUCCUCGCCCCUCGUGACUCGUUCUGCGUUGGAGAGAUUGCCUGUCUUCGUGAAGCGUCCUCAUUGAAGCCUAGCAUGCCCAAAUCGCAAGCAGAAGCAACUCUCAAAAACUUCGUAGCCAACGGAUGGCUAUACAAGAGCCCACGAGGAAGAUAUACUCUGUCGACUCGAGCGUUGAUAGAACUCGAACUCUAUCUGCGGCGUACAUACGAGGACGAAAUAUUCGACUGUGCACACUGCAAAGAAUUAUGCACAUUAGGGAUCGCAUGCGACAGCCACCUCGACGAAUGCGACACCUAUCUUCAUCGUCAUUGUUACGACCUCCUCCGCCGUACGACACCACGACUCAAGUGUCCAAAUUGUGAAGCAGACUGGACCAGACGAGGCGCUGUUCGAGAUAUAGGAGAAGAGUCACUCCCGGCCGACUACGAUGACCUCAAGGCUCGCAAACGAAGGAGCACCAUGCGUUCAGAGGCAGUCGAAGAAGAGGAAGGAGAAGACCAAUUAGAAUCCUCUCAGCUUGAGCGCGAGGCAUCUCCCCCACCCACCAAGCCUCAGAGGAAGGGAAGGCACUUGCGAAAGACGCAGAAGACGCAACAAGGCAGUGACGAGGAUGGAGACUAG